CUUGCCGUAGAACCGAGGCGAUCACUUCCGUGUCGAGUCGUUGAUUUAGCCCUGAAUACGAGGAAGUCUUCUGCUGGUAAAAACGCAGUCUAAUGAGUUUAUAUCUUCCGUUCGUACCCUUCCAGCUUAAAUCUGUAAACAGGAGUAUACACAAUUCAUUAAAAAUACGUUUCUCGAUCAUCGGCACCAGGACCACCAAAUAGGCCUACAAUGAAUCUAGAAAGGGUCUCCAAUGAAGAGAAACUCGGCCUGUGCAGAAAGUAUUAUCUAGGGGGGUUUGCUUUUCUACCCUUCCUCUGGUUGGUAAAUGUGGUUUGGUUUUUCCAAGAGGCCUUCAUUAAGCCUGCCUACACCGAACAACUUCAAAUCAAAGCAUAUGUGAAGUGGUCGGGCCUGGGAUUGGCCAUCUGGGUGGCAGUGCUGACCACCUGGAUUACCAUAUAUCAGCACUACCGCGCUCAAUGGGGCGAAGUGGGGGACUACCUCUCCUUCACCAUCCCACUUGGCAUUCCCUAAAACAAGAGUGUGUACACCAGCAAACGGCCCAAGCUGUCAUUACCUGCCAAUACGCAUACUUCGAGCGCUCUGUUGAGUUUGACUAUUAAUAAAGGUUCAAGAUGAAUGUUGCAGUAUGCAAGUGGGAAUGUUUAUGUGCAUAAUUGCUAGAUGCAAUAGAUAGUUUUUCCCAAGGUUAAAUGACAACCACUUUCCAACUGCUUUCUAUUUUGUCAAAUCAACGUUUUUGUGUUUGAUGGUACCCUUUUUUUUUUACUUGCAUAAUACCAGUGAAUAAAUGUAUAUAAAAUGUU